CCCUCGGUCCGUUCCCCCGGGUCACGCUCCCGGGGUGGUCUGGAGGUGGGUCGGAGACCAAGUCUCCCUCCUUCCCGGGGAGGGCUGGUCAGGCAGCCGCUCCCAAAAAUAGCGCAAUAGCGUUCGAUUUGUCCUAGCCAUGUGGUUUGUCUUGCUUACUGUAUAUGUCUGUGCAUUGGCUGUUCUUUUUGUUUGGGCUGAAAUCCUUAUACGCAUGGGUCAACAAAUAACCACCCCUUUAAGUCUCACUCUAGAUCACUGGAAGGACGUUCGAGAACGCGCGCGCCACCUCUCAGUGGAGGUUAACAGGAAACAAUGGGCAAAAUUCUGUUCCUCAGAGUGGCCGGCCUUCGAGGUCGGCUGGCCAAGGAACGGCACUUUUAACCUCGAUAUUAUUUUACAGAUUAAGGAGCGAAUCUUUCAGCCAGGAUCCGAUGGACACCCUGAUCAGGUGCCCUACAUUACCACGUGGGAGGAUCUUUCACGUAACCCCCCUCCCUGGAUAGAACCCUUCUCCUUCCCGACGGAGCCCAUACGGACCCCGAUACCCCCUCCUCCUAUCCCGGUUGUGCCAACCUCCUCCCUAUACCCUCUGAAGGAGAUUCGAGAUCCAAAACCUGACAAGCCACCGGUUCUUCCGGCUGAUCAGGACUUUCUGCUCUUUGACUCUCCCCCACCCUAUCUUCCCAGCCAGCCUGCUCCCCCGCAGGAACCCCCACAACAACCAGAGCGGGAUGUGCAACCUUCUGCACCAUCCCCUGAUUCCACGAGGGCAGGGGAAGAAGUCUCAGCGCCUUCCCCGCCCUCCAGCCGCCUGCGCCUCCGUCGGGGGCAGGCAGGGGGCUCGGGAAGCGUCUGGACUUCGCAGGCUUUUCCUCUUCGCUCGGUGGCUGGCCAGAUGCAGUACUGGUCAUUUUCUGCUUCCGAUCUUUACAAUUGGAAAACCCAUAACCCCUCUUUCUCUCAAGACCCCCAGGCUCUGACUGGGCUGAUCGAGUCAAUUUUAUUGACUCAUCAGCCCACCUGGGAUGAUUGUCAGCAGCUUCUGCAGACCCUCCUCACUACUGAGGAAAAGCAGCGCGUCUACUUUGAGGCACGGAAAAACGUCCCUGGAGCAGAUGGCCGACCGACCCUACUGCCAAACGAAAUCGAGGAGGCGUUUCCCUCAACCCGUCCUGAUUGGGACUACACCACCGUUGCUGGUAGGGAGCGACUUCGUCUUUACCGCCAGAUUCUCCUUGCGGGUCUCAGAGGGGCUGGAAAGCGCCCCACCAAUUUGGCCAAGGUACGUGCAGUAGUGCAGGGGGCUGAGGAAACGCCGGCAGGCUUCCUAGAAAGAUUAAUGGAAGCCUACCGUAUGUACACCCCGUUUGACCCCCUGGCAGAGGACCGGCAGGGAGAUGUAAUCAUGUCCUUUAUAGGACAGUCAGCGCCGGACAUCCACAAUAAAUUGCAGCGGCUAGAGGGGCUUCAGGGAUAUACUAUACAAGAUUUAAUGAAGGAGGCAGAAAAGAUUUACAACAAAAGGGAGACCCGAGAGGAGAAGGAGGAAAGGAUCCGCAAGGAGCAGGAGGAAAGGGAAGACAAAAGAGACAAAAGACGUAAUCGAGAGCUUAGUAAAAUUUUGGCCACCGUAGUGCAGGAUAUAGAAAGGAGUAGACCAGGACAGAAUAGGGACUUGGGAGACAAACGAAAGCCUCGGGUGGAAAGAGAUCAAUGUGCCUAUUGUAAAGAAAGAGGACACUGGGUCAAAGACUGCCCAAAGAAAACACAGGGACCAAAGAAGAGACCAGUUCCAAUCCUGUCCCUGGAAGAAGACGACUAGUUUUUGUAGACACCUUCUCCGGAUGGACUGAGGCAUUCC